GUUUAUUCCUCUACAAAACUUAAUAUAACUUCCACUUGUAUGUGUUAAAAAACAGGCAAAGAAGCAGCCGCCUUAUCUCUGAUCUACUGGUUUACAGAGGCUGUUUUUGCUGACAGCUGCUCUGCUGCAAAAGCCUGCUGUCCUUACUAAAAAAUGACCAGUGCUAGCCUAAACCUAGGGAAAAACUUUCUGUGUUUUUAAGCCUGGGUUGUUUCUGCGGAUUUGCAUGUUAUUGAAACACCUGUGCCUGAGAGGCUAAAUGAAGGUUAUGGGUCUUCAGGAUUGGUUCAGGAAAAUGAAUUCUAUGACGCUGCUGUAAAACCACCUCUGAUUGGGCCGAUCCAAAGGAAUUGAUAACAAGUGUGAGAGGGUCUGAACCAGAAAAGUUGCCUCAUUCUACAGAAAGACUUCAAAGGGUUAAACCAGAAAAGCUGCCUCGUUUUACAAAAAGACUGCAAAGCCCGCACCAUGAAGGCCCUGCUCCUCCUCGCGCUCCUCGGCCUGGCACUGUUCGCUGCCGUGGCACAGGCUGCCGCCCCCAGGGAGGAGGAAACCAUCGUGAAGAAGGUGCAAGAUUAUGUCCACCAGGUGGCUCAGACGGCCAAGGACGCCUUAACCAAGGUCCAGGAAUCCGAGGUGGCUCAGCAGGCCAGGGACUGGGUCAAUAUGCGUGCUGAGGACAUACACCAGUUCUGGGAUGUGCUAAAGGACAAGUUCUCUACACUCUGGGAGCAACAGCCCCCCUGGCAAUGAGCCCCUCAUCAGCAGCUCGGGCUGGCUUCUCAGCUGAAGAGUGCAGGUGCAGGAUGUGCAAUGCAAAUUGUAACCAAAUUGACUCUCUGCUCUAGGCAGAGAGCCCAGCAGCCAUCCAUCCAAGCGCUGUCCCACCUGCCUGUCUGUCUGUCCAGUAACAAUCUCCACUCAGCUUGGCGUGUUCCUACGCUACUUCCACUGGGGCCCAGGAGUUUUGGUACCAGCUGGUGUGUUGGUUUGGAGCGGCUGGGUUUUUUUCCCCCUUAUAAAACAUCAUAACUCAAAGUUUGUCAUGUAUUUUGCAAUAAAAUGAAAUAAACUUGA